AUGGUAAGUUUUAUUUGUUUUAUGUUGUUUAUGGAUUUAGGUGUUGGAGGAUUGGAUGCUUCCAAGGUUUGAUAUGACUGUGGGGACCGUAUCAAAUACAACAGCUGCUUUGGAGGACUUGCAUAAUGCACUUUCAAUAACGGACUGUAGUCUGUGGAGGACUAAAGUAGGUUUAUAUUGCUUUGGAAUUAAGAUUUUAGUUGAAUUUAGGUAUGAAAUGAAGAUUCUAGUUGAGAUUAGAUAAGAAAUAAGUGUUUUAAUCGAGUUUGCAUUGGAAAUAACAAUUUUUGGCUGUUUUAAACUAAAAACAGACUUACCUUUCACAUCAAAAGCUAAAUCUUAUAUUUUAUAUUAUUUUAGAUAUCCGAUAAGACGUUUAACCACACACGUGCUUCCAAAAGUGGUCGAGCCUCUGAAAUCGUGCCAUCUGAUGUGCUAGUAUUGUCUCAAACUUCUUUUGGUCGAAAGGUAAGGGUUUUCUUUGUUUUUUAAGUUUUUAGGCGUAUUUUUGGUGAAAACUGGCAGAGAACACAGUAAUAUUAUGCUGAUGUUUAGUUUGGAGCUUAAGAAGGUUAAGUGAAAACCUUGAGUUUGCUACAUCUCUAGCCCUAGUCUUUUCACGGUUUUUAAUGUUUAAAUUUAGCUAGGCGUAUAUAAAAUUGUAUGAUUUUAGGCAGGAAAUAAAACCGAAAUUUCGACACUGGAGAUCACAGAAUGCUCUUUAUGGAGGACAAGAGUAAGUUUUUAGUGGUUUUUGGUUAGAAGGGAAUGUUUUAUGGAGAUUUUUAUUAAAAAUGAGUGGAUUUUCAAUGGAAAUGAGGGUUUUUUAAUUUAAAAUAGUUUUUUGAUUGUUUUAGGCAUCAGAAAUGUCUGAUACGCAGACAACAAUUCAUGACUCAAUACGGCCGGAAGCCGCUGAGCAUGAAGAAGUUGGUCUUGUUGAGGAUGAACCAAUUGUGGUUGAAGCUUUUUCUUCAAAUGUGGUGAGAACUUUAAUUUAAUUUCAGUUUUUUGUUUUGUUUUUAGGUAUUGAGAAUUUGGUUGGAAAUGGCUUUAAAAGACGAGAUAAGGCUAUAAUAAUAAAGUAAAAUAUGUUUAUCUUUGAUUUGAGGUCGAUAUUUUUUCAGCUAGAACAAUCACUAAAUGUUUCCACAACGACCCCAAGAUCAGUCGUCAAAUGUCCUCAAUCUGAGAAUCCUUUGGAGGACUUGCCCUUGUCGGUAACUGAAUGUAGUCUCUGGAGGACUAAAGUAGGUUUUUAUUGCUUUGAAAUUAAGGUUUUAAUCGAAUUUAGGUAGGAAAUGAAGGAUUUUCAUUUGAAUAUAGGAUUUUAAUUGAGUUUAGACAAGAAAAAACGAUUAUAGUAUAGCUUAGAUAAUGCCUGUAUCAUGUACAAACAAUUACUAGUCUUUGAAAUGCACUUUGAAGUCGAAAUUUAUAACUUAUUUGACUGUUUUAGGCGUCGGAAAUGUCAGAUACUCCGGAAACAGAAGAACAUGAUUCAAUACGGUCGGAAGCCGUUGACCAUCAAGAAGUUGAUCAUAUUGAUGUUGUGGUUGGAGCUUCGUUGACAUCAAAUGUGGUAAGAAUUUCAAUUUUUUUUGUUUUUAGGUGUUGAAAAAGGUUGGAAAUGGCCUUAAAAGACGAGAUAAGUCGAUAGUAAUGUAGUAAAAUAUGUUUGUCAUGGCUUUGAUUUGAGAUUGAUAUUUUUGCAGCCAGAACAAUCACUAAAUGUGUCCACAACGACUCCAGCGACCCCAAAGCCAGUCGUCAAACGUCCCCAGCCCAAGAACCCACUCUUCAAGAACUUUGAGAAGAAGUCGCCACGAAAGAUAUGGCAGAACAUGAUGCCGCUGGAUGGCCGACGCUCCAUGGCACCCACAACAGGCAUUCCAUUCAGGAAUCUGAAGCGGAAAUCAUCAUUGAACUCGGUAACCAGCGAAGGCACAACUUCAGAAGGCACUUCGGAACACUCAACCAAUGCCUCCACGGCUUCAGAAACUUCACUGUUGUCUACGCCGAGAUCACCCAGGAGGAAGGUCAUGAAUUUGGUAUGUUUUUUGUGAUUAUUAUUUUUUCUGGGGGGGGGGAAAACAUGUUAUGCGCCGGGGAGUUUGAAACAUGGCCCCGGGGGGGGGGUGGGGUAAUUUUUAAAAUAUUUUGGUUUUGGGGGAUUUUUUAUUAGCAAUUUGAAUUUCUGAUGGAAAGUUUUUUAGGUAACAAAUUUAAUUUUUUAGAUAAGAAAAUUUGUUUUUUAAUCAUUAUGGAGGGGUGAUUCUUGAAAAAUGAUGGUUUUAAAAAAGGUUUUCUAAUUAUAAUUUUUAUUUUUUUAUUUUUAAAGUUUUUUAGGUAACAAAUUUUAGUUUAUUGCUUAAUUUUAGUUGAAAAAUAUCUUUUUUUUAAAGCAAAAGCGGCAUUUUUUUUAAAUUUAAAAGAUUUUUAGGUAACAAAAUUUGGUUUUUAAUAGACAAAAUUAAAAAAAUUUUUUUAAAAAAAAAAUUAUUUAAAAAAUAUUUUAUAUUGUAAUUUUUUAAAAAUUUUCAAUUUAAUUAGUUUAGAGAGGAAAAUUUUCUAAAAAUGUUUAAUUUACAGAGUAAAAAGUCUUCGCCCAGACUAGUGGACCGAGUCCGCAACCGAGAGAUGAUUAAAGCAGCCAAGAGCUACGCCUCACCAACCGUAGCGUCUAGAGCACGAUCAUUGAUUCAAACCCCAACUCAGAGCUGUCAGAAGUCGUCAUUCUUGCCAGAAACACCAAAAUCAACCGCAAAAUCGGCUGGAGCUGCGAAUUCGGGACUUGGAGCUGAAACUUUGAAAUUACAGGACGAAAAUGAUGAAAAUUCGAAAUUCGAAGCUACAAAAAAUGAAGAUUCAACGAUUCUAGAGUCCACAAGAAGGUCCUGUAGUCAGGUGACGAUAGAAGACAGUCCGAAAGGCUCAAGGAGAUCCAGUGUCUUUAGUCUGGCAUCGAGAGCAUGUGAUACAUCAAGAGAAUUGAUGGAUUCAGAAGUCUCAACCACUUCAACGAGCAAAAGCAUUGUCAAGUCGAGAUGGGAUACGGUAAGGAAAAGGCUUUUAUUUGAGUCUUUUACCUAAAAUAAUAUUUUUGACAUUUUUGUUACCUAAAAUAAUAUUUUUAACAUUUUUUUACCUAAAAUGUUAUUUUUGACAUUUUUGUUUUCUAAACUAAUAUUUUUGACAUUUUUGUUACCUAACAUAAUAUUUUUCAUUUUUAUUACCUAACAUAAUAUUUUUGAUGAUUUUUGUUACCUAAAAUAAUAUUUUUGACAAUUAUGUUACUUAAAAUAAUAUUUUUGAUGAUUUUUGUUGAUUAAGAUAUGAUUUUUUAGACAACCUCAACUAUGAAUGGUACUAAAAGUACAGAAAAGCAGGCCGAAAAACGAGUAAGACAGUCGGAAGUACGACAAUCCGCUCUGAGUAUGAUAGCCAAGAACUACGAGACGCCGAAAAGAGACGGUUCAGGGCCGUUGGACUCGAUGCUGACUGAAGAUGGUGCACUUAUGAGUGGUCCUAUUCAAUCGCAGUCUUUCAAGUUUGGCGGAAGUGUGAAUCCGAGGGUUCUGUUCGAUAGUAGCAAUGAUUGUAAGUGCAUUUUUUGAGUGGGUGGGGGGAUGGUGAAUUAAAAGAAGAUUUUUUCUAAACGGGCGGGUAGUUUAUGUCAUUUUUUGAAAGGGGAAGGUGGCUUAUGCUAUUUUUUAAAAGGCGGGUGUGGUUUAUGGCAUUUUUAGAAAGUGGAGGGUGGUUUAUGUAAUUUUUUUAAAGGAGAGGGUAGUUUAUCUCAUUUUUUGAAAGGGGUGGGUGGUUUAUGUUAUAUACGUCUUGAUUUCAAGUUUUAAACCUAGAGUUUUGGAUCAAAAACAUUGCUUUUUUGGCUUGAAAUCCAAAUUUUAGACGAUUUUUGAAUAUGGAAUUUCAAACAUGUUUUUAUAUUUUUUAAAAACGUUUUUCAUCAUAUUCAUACUUUAGACAAUCAGAAAAGCGCAGGAGAAUUCAUUUCCCAACCAUUACGGAGCCAGAAGUCCCAAAAACCGCUCGCUCUACUCAACGACAGCGAUAUUACCCUAGGCGAAGCCUCGAUCUGCCGAGAACCCAACGAAAACCUAUGUCAUAUCCCAAGUGACAGCAAUUUCCUCUUCGAAAGCUUUGCUCAGUUCACAUUGGAGGAUCCACCUUCUGGCUACGGAGAUGAAUAUGGCCAAGGAUCGAGUUUAGAUGGACAAGGAUCGAAUGAAUAUGGGUCAAGUCAAGACACUGGCUUCGAUUCAACCAGAGUUCUGCCGUUUGCCAAGGAUUCAGAUGCUACAGGAAUGGGCGUUCUGGAUGAUCCAGAAGAUGCACUGUCCUCUCCAGCUCCAAAACAUCUGAUUAUAGCGGCCAAAAAGGGCGGAAAGGCCAAGGAAGUGGUCAUUAAGCCGCCGAAGCUUGUUACGGUAGGUUUUUUUGGAUAUGAAAGUGAAGAAAUUGUAUUUUAAAGGGGCGUGGGUGAAGAGAACGGUUUUUUUUUGUAAGAUGUGGGCAAAAAUUUUUUGGGAGGGGUAAAAAAAAAUUUGGGGGGGGGGGGGGGCGAUCAAAAAAUUUUUAAUUAUGGCACUUAGGAGCAGGUUAUGAUUUUUUUAAAAUUUUUUUUGAAAGAGUUAAAAAAUUUUUUUGAGCGGGGUAAAAAAUUUUUUUGGGCGUGGGCAAAAAAUUUUUUUUUCUUUGUUAAACAGCUUACAAAUAUUAAUUUACUGUAGCCUAACAGCAAGAUGUAGACAAAGAAUAAUGCUUCUAACUUCAGGGAUCAGAUGAAUUCGCCUCGGAACAUAACCUACGGCGGUCGACUCGUCUACGCCCAACUAGAAGGCUGAAUCAUGCUGCCGGAGAACGAUUGGUUUAUUCACCAGGAGGCUGUAAGUUGUUAUUGAUGCAUUUUUGUGAACUUUUAAAGGUGAAAGGGAUUAAAUUAAUCCUUUUUAUUUUAUUGAAAAAGGUGCUUAAGUUUUAACUUUUUUUGACAGGAAAAUCAAUUUUAAAGUAUUUUUUAAAAAUUUUAUAUUGAAAAGGUACCUAAAAUUUUAAGUUUUUUAUUUUUAAGUAUAAAAAAAUUGUUUUCAGCGAUAACCGGAAUCAAUAAAGGCGUCCUCCGCCAUCCGUUGUGCGUCAAACACAACACUGCCGACCUUGCCAAGGCCUUCGAAAUGGAUCGAGAACAGAAGAAACGAAAUGCGGAACGUCGCAAAGCCAAACGAAUCGAACGGUACCAAAGAAUGGGCGAGGUUACUGAGGAAUAA